CGCGGCGGCCAUUUUGUGCUGCGGUAAGAGGUAUUUAGAGCGUCGAGCAGCCUUCGAGCUCAUCAGUGUGAGAGCCGCAGCCGCCCAGACAGGACACACACCGGAACGACCCCUCUCCUCCACCACUACCUCCCCCGCAGCUCCGCGUACUCUGUGCCCCGCUCUCUGCCGGUGUAAAGGAGCCCCUUGUCCCGGACACGAUGACUAGCACGGCCACCGCUCCCGAGUACUCCGCCUUCUUCGCCGUCAUGGGCGCCUCGUCUGCCAUGGUCUUCAGCGCCCUGGGAGCUGCGUAUGGAACGGCGAAGAGUGGUACCGGUAUUGCAGCGAUGUCCGUCAUGAGGCCUGAGCUGAUCAUGAAAUCCAUCAUUCCAGUUGUCAUGGCUGGUAUCAUAGCUAUUUAUGGCCUUGUAGUGGCAGUACUCAUUGCAAAUUCUCUUAAUGAAAGUAUCACACUUUACAAGAGCUUUUUACAGCUGGGUGCCGGCUUGAGUGUAGGCCUGAGUGGUUUAGCUGCAGGCUUUGCCAUUGGCAUUGUUGGAGACGCGGGUGUGCGAGGGACAGCACAGCAGCCCCGACUAUUUGUGGGCAUGAUCCUCAUCCUCAUUUUUGCUGAAGUCUUGGGUCUCUACGGUCUGAUUGUGGCCCUUAUCCUCUCCACACAAUGAAGAUCUCAUCCAGAUUCCAAAUCUCUGGAAGCCUCUUACAAAAAAUGGUUUUAUCUCAUGUGUACAGUCAUUCUUCACCUUCCCCCGAUUCAGUAGUUUCUCUAACCCCCUGAAUCCUGUACCUGCGCCAUUGUAAGUUAGUGACUUGUGUGUAAUCCUUUAGCUGUACCCUACAGUUGGACUUCAGGCUAUAAAGUCCUGACACCAGGCUUGUGGACUGGACGCAGUCAUUCCUGCAACGCUCACAUGAUUUUCCUUUUCUGCGUGCAGUUUAUUUUUAUUUUUGGCUUUUUCUUCAAUCUCACUUCUGGAUGUUUCCUAACGAGUACGAUGUAUAAAUGAUCUAGAAUUGUAAUUUCCCCUCCACUCAAUGUUUUAUUUAUAAAUAUAAAGAAAAAUUGUGGUUCAUACUUUGCAAUGAGCUGUUAUUUCCUCUCCUAACUUAUUCCAGUCUCUCUUUUGCUGCGUAUGUAUUUAAUCUUUAGCUGUGUAUCUGUGGGGUUUCCUUGUAAGUACUGAAUUUCCUGGAUGUAAUUUGGUUAAAGAUUGUACUGUUCUGACAUUGGAGUAUAUAUAUAUUUUUGUUCUAUUUUUUUUUCUUGUUUUAUUACAAGGAAAACUUAUUCCCGUCCGUGUAAACUGGUAACCAGAACAUUUUAAAAAGCAAAACCUUGACGUGUAUGGUAAGGCGCACACCCGCUACUGGGUAUUGGUUACAUAUUUCCAAAUAAAACAUCUCCAAUACA